AUGAUUCAGAAUAAUAGUAAGGAGAGCAGAGAGAAAUUAAGUGGUGUUAAUGCUCAAUAUAUUAAGUAUCUGAAAGUGGAAUAUAAUAUAUUACAGCAAAAAACUCAGUUGCAUUGGCUGAAACAAGGGGAUGCUAAUUCUAAAUAUUUCCAUGCUGUAAUUAGAGGAAGAAGAAAAAAAAUGGUUGUUCAUAAAGUUAUGGAUGAAAAUGGUGUAUGGAUUGAAGGGGAAGAUAACAUUGCUAAGGAGGCUUGUGACUAUUAUCAAAAGAUUUUUACUGGCAAUAAUGAGAAGAUAAGAGAGGAAGCAAUUCAAUGUAUUCCUUCUAUGAUUACUCAAGAACAAAAUACAGAAUUAGAUAGAAUGCCUACAGAGGAAGAAUUGAGAAGAAUUAUUAUGAGCAUGAACCCAAAUUCUGCCCCUGGGCCUGAUGGUAUUGGAGGAAAGUUCUACCAAGUUUGUUUUGAUAUUAUUAAGAAAGACAUUAUGGCUGCAGUACAGUCUUUCUUUAAUGGUAGUGUGAUGCCUAGAUAUAUGACUCAUGCUUGUCUUAUUCUUCUACCUAAAGUGGAGCAUCCUAAUAAGCUAAAAGACUUCAGACCUAUCAGUCUAAGUAAUUUUGUGAAUAAGAUUAUUUCAAAGAUUAUAAGCACUAGAUUGGCCUCUAUUCUUCCUAAGAUUGUGUCAGUCAAUCAGUCUGGAUUUGUAAAAGGCAGGAGCAUUACUGAGAAUAUUAUGUUGGCUCAAGAAAUUGUUCAUGAAAUCAAAUUACCCAGGGAAGGUAGGAAUGUUGUUAUUAAGCUAGAUAUGAGUAAAGCUUAUGACAGAGUUUCCUGGUCCUACACUUGUAUAGUUUUGAGAAAAAUGGGUUUUAGUGAAUUAUUUAUUGAUAAAAUGUGGAGAAUUAUGAGUAAUAAUUGGUACUCAAUUGUGAUCAAUGGCAAAAGACAUGGCUUUUUUCAAUCUACAAGAGGUCUUAAGCAAGGAGAUUCACUAUCUCCAGCACUAUUUAUUUUAGGUGCUGAAGUACUAUCUAGACAAUUGAAUCUUCUUCAUCAUAAUCAAUUGUAUAAAGGCUUUCAUAUGGAAAGAAAAGGGCCUCAGAUUAAUCAUCUUAGUUUUGCAGAUGAUAUUAUUAUCUUCUCAUCUACUGAUAAUAGAUCCUUACAUCUUAUAAUGAAGACUAUAGAGGAGUAUGAAAAUGUGUCUGAUCAGAAAGUAAAUCAAGAAAAAAGUUUCUUUAUGGUAACACCUCAUACUGAUCAAAAUAUUAUUGAUAAUAUCAAGUUGGCAACUGGUUUUGGUAGGAAGAACAGUCCUAUAAAUUAUUUAGGUUGUCCAUUAUACAUUGGAGGGCAAAGGAUCAUAUAUUAUUCUGAUAUAGUGGAAAAGAUUAUCAAAAGGAUUUCUGGUUGGCAAUUCAAGAUAUUAAAUUUUGGAGGCAAAGUUACUUUAGUAAAACAUGUUUUGCAGUCUAUACCUAUACAUACUCUAGCUACUAUAUCUCCUCCAAAGACUACCAUCAAUUACAUCAAAAGAGUUAUAGCUGAUUUUUUUGGGGGUAGAGAUAAUAAUGGGAAGAAAUAUCACUGGUCAUCAUGGGAGACUAUGGCUUAUCCAAUUAAUGAAGGAGGAAUUGGAGUUAGAAUGAUGGAAGAUGUUUGCAAAGCAUUUCAGUAUAAACAGUGGUGGGAAUUUAGAACAAAGCCUUCUUUGUGGAGUCAAUUUUUAAAAGCCAAAUAUUGUCAAAGAGCUAAUUGUGUGGCCAAGAAAUAUGAUACUGGUGAUUCUAUAGUUUGGAGUUUAAACAAUAGAGAUCUGGCCAGUUAUCUUGAGGAUGGUAAAUGGAAUGAAAGAGUGGUUAGACAGCAGGUACCACCCUUAUUGGUACACAAUAUUCUUCAGACCAAUAUCACUUAUGAAGAAGGAAUAGCAGACACUGCCAUAUGGACACCUCAAGAAAAUGGAAAAUUCUCUAUUGCUUCAGCAUGGGAGAUUAUUAGAAAGAAAAGACAGCAAGAUCCUAUUAAUACUAUAAUUUGGCAUAAAAAUAUGCCCUUCAAAGUAGCCUUCUUUAUUUGGAGAGCUUUGAGGGGUAAACUCCCUACAAAUGACAUUCUGCAAAAAUUUGGCAAGGAAGAUUUAGAAUGUUAUUGUUGUUACAAAAAGGGCAAAGAUGACAUCAACCAUAUUCUAAUCACUGGCCAUUUUGCAAAAUAUAUGUGGAGAUACUAUGCAGCAACAGUAGGAGCAGUAAUAUCCAAUAUCAAUUUGAGAAGCCAGCUAUUGCAAUGGAGGAGUCUGCACAUUAAUAAUGAGGUACAUAAGUUAAUUAGCUAUAUAUUACCUAACUUUAUUUGUUGGAAUCUUUGGAAAAACAGGUGUGCUGUGAAGUAUGGAGGCAAACAAUCAAGCAUUCAAAGAGUGCACUAUGGUAUUUUUAAAGAUGUUAUGCAGGUUACUAGAGUUGUGUUCCCUAGCAUAUCAUGGCAGCACAGCUGGGAUAAUUUAAUCAACAUUAUGGAUCAAUGUCAUCAACAAUACAAAGUUACAAUGGUAAGAUGGAAAUCACCAACUGCAGGCAAAUACAAGCUCAACACAGAUGGGAGUGCACUAUCAGAUUCAGGUAAAAUAGGGGGGGGAGGCAUUCUAAGGGAUCAACAAGGUAAACUAAUCUAUGCAUUUUCAGUACCAUUAGGAUCUGGAACUAACAAUAUGGCAGAGUUAAAGGCAGCUCUAUAUGGUCUUGAUUGGUGUGAACAACAUGGAUACAAGUGUAUUGAAUUGGAGGUGGAUUCAGAACUCUUGUGUAAAUGGAUCAAGAAGAUUUUAAGCAUUCCUUGGAGAUGUCAACAACUGAUUCAAGACAUUAUGCACAUAGUAAGCAAGCUGGAAUUUUUUCAAUGUCAACACAUCUAUAGAGAGGCAAACACUACUGCUGAUUUGCUGGCAAAAUUCAGCCACAAUCUGGAAAUUCCUCAGCAUUUUUAUAUUACUCAACAACUUAAAGGAACUAUUAAAGAGAGCUAUAUGUUGGAAAAAAUGGGUAUACAAAGCUUUAGGAGAAGGAAAAUCAGGAGAAUCAAACAUCCACCUUAG